UUGAUCUUCUGCUCCAUGAACCUGGCGGCGGCUAAUUGAUGGUCCUCGAGCGGCAGUGUUAAUCUUUCCUCCGGUGCCCCGGAGUAAUAGCGGAACCGAGAAUGUGGCGAUUCUCGCAACGCAUUACCCCGAAAUGACGCCCCCUUUCCGUUGUCGGAUUCGUAUGACACAUAAUCGUGGAGGGCGGCGGAUCGCGAGAAGAGCGACCUACCCUUGCGAACCACGUCCACACUGCUGGCAAUUACUGCCACGGCGCUAGUUGAAGCGGAAUUGGAAAAAAGAAGAUGUAAAAGUGUACUCGCGUAAGCCAUCCGGAGUGGUGGCACUUUCUUCUCGAUCGGCACUCGGUGGUGGUGGCGUGAGAAAAGUGAAAUGUACAAUAACGAUGACUUCAAUUUGCGGUGUGGAACACGACGACACUCGCAGAUCUGCUGCUGAGGGUUGACCAACAAACGCCCGAGUUCUGGAUGCCCCAGGACAUGGUGGGCAGCGCGAAUCGAUCGAGUGCAAAGCCAAUAGCACCGGGAUCAAAGCAAUACGCUCUGAAGCAGUUGCCUUCGUGAAACACAGUGCGCACGACAAGAACCAAACGGUGCCAACCAAACUCCUAUCCCCGUCGAGUUAAUCAGCAGCAACCGGCACUGCGGCAGAAUGGGCAACCGUGAUGAUGAAUAUGAUUAUUUAUUCAAAGUGGUACUGAUCGGAGAUUCGGGAGUCGGUAAAAGUAACCUCCUUUCGCGAUUCACUAGAAACGAGUUCAACCUGGAAUCCAAAUCCACCAUAGGCGUAGAGUUUGCGACCAGAAGCAUAGAGGUUGAUGGCAAAACAAUUAAGGCCCAGAUCUGGGAUACGGCCGGCCAGGAACGCUACCGGGCGAUCACGUCGGCCUAUUACCGUGGUGCGGUAGGCGCACUGCUCGUCUACGACAUCGCCAAGCACCUGACGUACGAGAAUGUCGAGCGAUGGCUGCGGGAGCUACGCGACCACGCUGACCAGAACAUUGUCAUCAUGCUCGUCGGCAACAAGAGCGAUUUGCGGCAUCUGCGUGCCGUGCCAACGGAUGAGGCAAAGGGAUUCGCCGAGCGCAACGGGUUGAGCUUCAUCGAAACGUCGGCCCUCGACUCGACCAACGUCGAAACUGCAUUCCAAAACAUACUCACAGAAAUCUAUCGAAUUGUGUCGCAAAAGCAAAUCCGAGAUCCACCAGAAGGAAGUGUCAUUCGGCCGAACCUAGAGAACAUCGACGUGAAGCCGACCAAUCCGACGACUGAUUCCGUGCGAAAGCAAUGCUGCCAGUGACCGCCACAAGCAGUAUCGUUAACCAGUCGUGAUGCUGUUGCGUCUACUGAUGCUACUGCUGCUGCGUCUUCACUAACAACAUCAUCAAGCACCACCACAACUUCUACAACCACUGUUAGUAUCGAUAGUAUGGCAAGGAGCACUACUGCUGGUAUCAUCGCUACCACAACAACAACAGCAACUACUGCUACUACUAUUACAGAGCAAGCUAAAUCUAAUUACAUUAUUGAUCCUAAUGAUUCUACCGCUACUAGUACUAGUACCACCAUCAAAACUAUUACUGUUACUACUGCUACCGCUACCACUACACUACUUAGCGCUAAAAACACGACCAUCGAUAACACUAGCGCCACAGUUCAGGAGGAUCGAUCAAAUCCACUAUCUAGUGGCGACAAACAGCAACAGUGGCCACUGCGGGAAAGAGGGGAAAUAGUUGCGCCGAUGAUUGUUGAUAGCAUCGAUCGUAACAAUAACACCAGUACGCGUCACGGUAACGCAAUCCACAUCUAAACGAUCAACCGACGCGCCGUCCUCUAACACCGCAAAUGGUGUGUGGUGUGGUGUGAUAGGAAGUGGUUUGUUAGUAGCAGCAAGAAUGUGCUAUAUUUUUAAUCAUCUGUCGUCGCUGUGGAUGCGAAAGACAAGUUAUUGUGGCCUACACCGCCUAUUCUCCUUCCUUCUUCCAUUCCCUUGCCGCCCAAAUCCAUGUAACAGUAGCGUAGCAAUAAUUGUGAAUUCGUGGCAACAUUCAGCUCGCAACCGCACCACAGGUGGUUUAGUUUGCGGGGAUAUGAUACAGAGAGACAGAGAAAGAUGGUCGUUUGAAUUGCACUUGAAUACUUGUCCCCACUCAUUAUGAGCAGACAGCGGAUGCGAUCACGUUUUGAUCGUUUUGCUGUGUCGACAACUAACGCUAAGAGAAUACAGUUGCCGCUGAUGUUUGCUUAAUUCUUUGUUAAGAAGUUGAUGUUAUGCACAACAAAUUCUGUCCCAGAGACGAAGAGAGAAAGAAAGAUAUUCACAAGUUAGUGGGCAAUCAUUGAAAUAUGUAGCUGUGGCGGGUAAUCAAUGUUGGCGCUGGUAAAGUGCAGAAGCAGCGCUAGUGAUCAUUUUUAUCUCUCUUUAACGUAAAAGAGACAUUUAAAGGCGUACACCAUUGGUCGGAAAUAAAAUCAUUGCUUUCGAGAAACCAAUGAAGAAUCGGGAGAUACAUCUAUCCAUACUGCAGCCCCCAUAAAACUCAUAGAAGAGCAUAGCACAUCCAUUGCUUUUUCCAAUAUAUUUUACUGGCAAAUGUGGUGCCCUAGCCGUGCAAUCCUUACGUCCGUUCUUCAUAUCAGAUGCGUUCAUCGUUCAAGUCCACAGGCUGUCAUAAUCGAGUUUCCGCCGAUCCUCCCUUUAUCAUUCAUGGUUCAGUGAUUAAUGUUGUGUUGAACCUUCAUCAUUCACAUAUGCUGGAAUGACCCUUCCCUUGAUGUCCUUCACAUACAAAUUCAGAUAUAUAUGCGCUUAUCUUGAAGCAGUCUUGAAUGGUCUGUUACGCCACAAGCUCUAUGCAAAGAGGAAGCAGCGAUCAGCUGAACGGCGCUAUGUUUGUUGCUGGUAAACCUUUGUGCCGGGGCGCUCUUGAAAUCAAAAGAAAAUAAUUAACUGAAAUGUGUUUUAAUAUUAGGGAAGGAGUAUCCUAAGAUAUUUGUUUGCCUUUUCUUUUACGUUCAUUCGAAGUUCGAGCUAAUAAAGAAGGAAAAGGAACAUUUAA